AUGCUCGCCGACAAGCUCUCCUCCGCCGCCGUUCUUGCCGGCUUGACCUCUGUGGCCCGCGCCGUCGACUGGAGCACCAUUGACUGGAGCGCCAUCGACUACCAUGGCCACUACUUCCGGCAGGAGUGGGUCGAGCCGCCCGUCGUCGUCGAGCGCCUGGAUCCGAUAUUGAAUCCUGGCCAACUCGGAACCCACGUCCACUCCUUCGUCGGUGCUAACGUCGUUUCUGCGGACACAAACUACGACGACACUCAAGCCGCCUCCUGCAGCCAGGUCUACGUUAAGCCUGACCACAGCCUCUACUGGGCUCCUGCUCUGUACUUCCAGGACCCCACCAACAAGACAUUCACCCGUGUCAAGGAGCACCAUCGUGUGCUGUACUACUUUAACCGUGCUGCCGACCCGGAUACUGGCGCGGAGAACUUUGACCUCAUCGAGGAGUUCCCCGAAGGCUUCAAGAUGAUCGCCGGUGACGCCAACCUGCGUGCCCCUGCCGCCACCAAGCAGCUGCAGAACUCCGUCGAGUGGUUCUGCCACGGUCCUGACGUCAAGUCCAGUGGCUUCCCCGGCAACUUCACCUCGUGCCCCAACGGCUUCGCUGGCUCCGUCCGCUUCCCUUACUGCUGGAACGGCGAAGAGUUCAACGUCGACGAUCCGCAUGCCCACAUGUCUUACCCCAAGACCGAUGCUGAAGGCAACGGUGCUCCUGACAGCGGUCCAUGCCCUACGACCCACCCCCAUAUCCUGCCCCACAUCUUCAUCGAGUUCUGGUUCGAUACGGAGCCCUUUGAUGGCCUCUAUGAGAUGAGCGACCAGCCAUGGGUCGUUUCAAAUGGCGAUCCUACCGGCUACGGCUUCCAUGCUGACUUCCUGAAUGGCUGGGAGAAAGGAGUCUUGGAAAAGCAAAUGAAGGAGUGCAACAUUGGAGAGUCUGGCGAGCCGUUGGAGAACUGCUUCGAUACCUGGAAGAAAGACGGCCAGGAAGACACCCGUGAGAACUGCUCGCAAAAGCAGUCGGUCACGGAGGAGGUUGACGGCUGGCUUGAUGCUCUGCCGGGUUGCAACCCGCUGCAGUACGGUCCGGAUAGGGCUGUGAUGAAGACCAACUGCGGCGACACCGCAACCCUUGACUCUGAUGGCACCUCUGGUGUCGCGUCCGCCGCCGCCUCUGCUGUAGCGGCCAACUCGGCGCCAUCUUCCUCGAAGACGUCCCUUGUUGCGACACCUGUCGUCACUGACGAAGCAGUCGCGACCACCGACAGCAGUGGCAACGUUGUCUACGUCACUGUUACUUCAUACUACACUGCGGACGGCCCCGCGCCAACAGGCUCUACUGCUCCUGCUGUCUCGGUGUCCAACGAAAACGUUACACUCCCAGCCGGCUGGACCAGCUCAGGCUGCCACAGCGAUGCUGUCUCUCCACGUUCUCUGUCUGGGAAGGUGCUCGCUUACUGGGGCGAAGCCAUUACUUCGUCUGGCUGCGCGAAGUAUUGCGAUGAGCAAGGCUUCAGUAUUGCUGGAACUGAGUACGGCGAACAGUGCUUCUGCGGUAACGACCUGACCCAGAGUGAGGUCCUCGAUGCUUCCAAAUGCGAUAUGGAGUGCAAGGGCUCUGCGGGAGAGACCUGCGGUGGUGAGGGGGCGUUGAGCGUCUUUGUGAAGGACGGGACGAGUGUGAAGAGUAGGAAGAGGAGCCUGCAUUUCCGCAAGCACGUUGGCGGCGGUGCAAGUGUCCGCAGAGGUUCUUUCUAA